UAAUAAAUAACACAAACACACACACACACAUAAACAAAUACAUGCCAACGUUUGAUACGGAAAUUCGCCGCCGCAGCAACACUACCACCAAAAACAACAACAACCACGAGCGCAAAUUAAACUUGAAAAUAUAUACAUACAUAUGUAUGUAUAAAAGCGCUGGCAUUAGACGUUAGCAGCAGAACGAACGCCAAGCAGCACGUCGCUAAAGCUUCAGGCAGCGUCUCACACCCACACACAGACACAUACACAGGCAUAUGCAUGUAUGUGAAUAUAAUACGUAAAUACGGCUCGCAAUUAUAAAACACAAAUCUCUCGCUCUCGCUUACACAACGAUUAAGAACAGUCAACUUUUGGCUGCGUCAACUGCGCCGCUCGAUUCUUAUACAAUUUCAAUAUCAGACCGCAACGAUCGCUUCGUUCGCCCAGUCGACGCUGUCGCCUCGCGUAACUUACUUCUGAUUCUAACGGACACACACACACACACACACACACACACACUCGAAGCGCAUUUGCCAAUUUGCCCGAGCGACAAGUGCGAACUCGAAUUCGCCAAUAGAGAGAGAGAGAGAGAGGGGCGACGCUUACGAUUAACGAUUUGCGGCGACUCUGUGUUUUUUUUUUUCUGACUCGCCUCGAGUGCGCAACAGCGAAAAAGUUCUACAAAACAUUUGCCCCUCGUCGAUUCGCGCGACAACAAGUGUUUCUAACAAAAUAACAGUACAAUCAAUCAACAUAAUAUUUGUGACAAAACAAUACAAAAACAUCGACAUAUUUAAAUAUUUAAACAAAAUACAAUCCCAAUACAACACAAUUAUUUGGAACUGCAAUUUGGAAUUAUUCAGAGCGCCGCAAGGAGUACUUUAUUAAGGUUUAUUGUGGAUUUUGUUUCAAUUUUAUGAUUCAUCCACAACCAACAUGGUCUACUAUCCCGCUAAUCAGCUGCUUAUAAAGACGGAGCAGCCCAGUCAGACGCAAUUCUGCCUGCAGACGCCACUCACCGCAACGAGCGGUGGCGGCAUUGGUGUUGCGCCACCUGGCGGUCAGCAUGAGCACUACGAGCUAUUGCAGACGCCGCAGCAGCGACAAUUGCAGCAGCUGCAACAGCAGCAGCAGCAGCAACAGCAACAACAGCAACAGCAACAGCAACUUGCCAGCUAUCAAUUGGUCCUGCAACAACAACAACAACAACAACAUAAAAGUAUUACAACAACAACAGCAACAACUACAGCAGCAGCAGCAACAACAACAACUGCCACACAGCAGCGCAUCAAAACAGAGCUGCCCUUGGCGUAUGGCUCAGCGGCGACAACUAAAACGCUUGCCACGCCCCGCAAGCCCAACAUCAACAAGCCGCAGUUCAAGUGCGAGCAGUGCGGCAUGACCUUUGGCAGCAAAUCGGCGCACACCUCGCACACGAAAUCGCACGCCAAGAAUGCGGAUCUCGCACUGGGCCUUAAGGGUGCCACAAUGGGCGCCAGCAGCAGCUCGAGCAGCUCCGGCAUGCCGCCGAUCGAGCUGAACGAGUCGGGCCUGCCGCUGGGCAUACCCAAAAGUCCGACCAUCAAGCCGCUGGCCAAUGUGGCCGCCGGCGCCGAUCCCUAUCAGUGCAAUGUGUGCCAGAAGACAUUUGCGGUGCCCGCGCGUUUGAUCCGGCAUUACAGGACGCACACGGGCGAGCGUCCAUUUGAGUGCGAGUUCUGUCACAAGCUGUUUAGCGUUAAGGAGAAUCUGCAGGUGCAUCGGCGCAUCCAUACCAAGGAGCGACCGUACAAGUGCGAUGUGUGCGAGCGUGCCUUUGAGCAUUCCGGAAAACUGCAUCGUCACAUGCGCAUCCAUACGGGCGAACGGCCGCAUAAGUGCUCCGUCUGCGAGAAGACAUUCAUACAGUCCGGCCAGCUGGUUAUCCAUAUGCGCACGCAUACCGGCGAGAAGCCAUACAAAUGCCCGGAGCCCGGCUGCGGCAAGGGCUUCACCUGCUCCAAACAGCUGAAGGUGCACUCGCGCACCCACACCGGCGAGAAGCCCUACCAUUGCGACAUCUGCUUCCGUGACUUUGGCUACAAUCAUGUGCUCAAGCUGCAUCGUGUCCAGCAUUACGGCGCCAAGUGCUACAAGUGCACCAUAUGCGAUGAGACCUUCAAGAACAAGAAGGAGAUGGAGGCGCACAUUAAGGGCCAUGCCAAUGAGCUGCCCGAGGAUGAGGUGGAGGCCGCUGCAGCCGCUGCAGCAGUCGCAGUUGCCUCAUCCAUAGCCAGCAACUCGGAGAGCAGCAACAAUUCGCCGCCCAGCUCGCCGCCGGCUGUCAAAAAGCCGCGUCAGCCGCGCAGCAUUAAGGCAGCCGCAGCAGCCGCUGCUGCCGCUGUGGCAGCUGCCAGCGCAGCGCCGCUUUCGCCCGGCUCCAUCUCAUCCAUAUACUCGCCGGCCAGCAGUCAGGCCUCGACGCCGCCGCAAUAUCUGGCCACAACGGCGCCCAACGAGCCGGAUGCGCUGAGUCGCGAUAGCGGCGUCGCCAGCGCCCCUCAGCUGCUGUCCAGCUAUGCGGACGAGGAGCUGCCCACGGACUUGAGCAUGCAGCAGCAGCAGCCGGCGCCUCAAAUGAUCUACUAUCAGCCACAGACGCCCAGUCUAGUGGAGCUGCAGCCCAGCACGCCCGCACCUGCGCCCUCCGGCCUGUCGGCGCUGCUGCAGGCGGCGAGCAUGGCGCGAGACGAACACGCCGAUGACAAUGACAACGAUGAGGAUGUGCAGGUGGCUGCCUUGCAAAUGAUGCAGCUGCGACGCGGACAUGCCGCCACGCCACAGUCCCAGCCACAGGCACAGGCACAGCCCCAAUCCCAAUCCCAAUCCCAGCCCACGUUGCAUGUCAGCGAUCUGGCGGCCAACUAUGAUGACACGCACGAGGCGAAUGUGCUCAUCGAGCACUUCAAGCGCGGCGACUUGGCGCGUCAUGGACUGCACAAGGGCUAUGUGCCGGUGCCCAUGUAUGAAUCUGCCCUGCCCAAUGCGGACAUAGUGCGUCGCGUUGAGGCGGCCAUUGGACUGCGCUCCAGCACCGAAUCGCCAGAGCGCAGCUCCUCGCCCGAAAGCGAUUCCCUGAUGAUGGCCGAUCGCAAUGUGUUGACCCUGCCGCUGCGCAAGCGCAAGCACUACAUGAACGAGGGCGAGGCCAGCAGCGUUGUUGGUGGCGGCGUCGGCGGCGGCAGCAGCAGCGGCGCCAAUAAUAGUGCAGCGGGCGGCGUCAACGAGACGGUGGCAACAAUAGCCACUGCACCAAAUGCCACAACAGAUGUUGCCGCCAAUGCUGCCGGCGCCAAGGUGAUGCGCAUGAGCUCCGUCAUCCAGUUUGCCAAGGCCACGUAGUGGAAGCAGCGGCAAGGGCAACGGCAGCGGCAACUAAUCAGCAUAAAGACUGUUCAAUAAAUUCUAACUGAAAUUAGUUUUAGUUUACAAAUUUAAUGUUUAAUGUUGCAUGCAGCAAUGUUUUGUCAAUGUUUGUGUUUGUGUUUGUUUUCUUUUUUAAGCAGCGAGAAAUGCCAAAAGUAUUAUAAAAA